AUGAAGCCGAUUAUCGCGAUACCGGCAACUCUAGCCCUCAUCUUUCGGGCCUGGAGCAGGAACUCUCUGACGCCCGCAGGCAUCUUCGCCGCAACACUGACAGCCAUCGCGCACGCCUACCAUCCUUGGAAUCUGCCAUUCGCCUUGCUCGCUGUAUUCUUCCUGGCGGGGACUCGGGUGACACAUAUCAAGGAAAAUGUCAAGGCCACGUUGACUAUGCACUCGAAGGGGAGCUCAGGCGGCGAAGGGCCACGAACACACGUCCAAGUUUUUGCAAAUUCGCUAAUGGCCUCGAUACUCACGGUCGCCCACGGAUAUCAACUACGAUCAAGAGUCGCUGCAUAUGCCGAUCCCAAUAGCCCCAACCCAGAGGGUAGCUUGUGCUACUCUUGGGGUGGUGACCUCUUGGUCGUGGGUAUCAUCGCCAACUAUGCGGCAAUCGCCGCCGACACUUUCAGUUCCGAGCUGGGAAUUCUAUCCAAGAGCCAGCCACGAUUGAUAACCUCUCUGACGCUAAGAAAGGUACCUCCAGGAACGAACGGAGGUGUCACACUACUUGGACUGGCAGCCGGCUUGUUCGGCUCGAUGGUCAUAGUAGCCACUACAAUGGUGUUCUUGCCUGCAUGUACGUCUGACACUGCGCCAACACUCGGAGGCGGUGCACCAUGGACCCUGUUUCAGCGACGCAUCUUCAUGGGUGGUCUCGUCCUCUGGGGUACUCUGGGUAGCGUUGUGGACAGCUUCCUCGGAGGCAUGUUUCAACGAUCCGUCAAGGAUGUGCGAUCUGGUAAGAUUGUCGAGGGCGAGGGCGGAAACCGCGUGCUAGUAUCUGCGCCAAGCAGUAGAGCAUCACAACGUGCCGCAUCAAAGGUCACCGUGGAUGGUGGAGCCGAUAAGCAGGACGGUUCGGCAGUCGACGACCAAGACGAGGAUGAGAACAGGUACAACCCCAAGAAUAAGCAUCGCAAGCCAAGCUUCGGUGACCAACGGCCGUCGAGGGUGAUCGAGAGCGGAUGGGACCUCUUGGAUAACAACGACGUCAACUUUCUUAUGGCAACCACCAUGAGCGUGGGCGCAAUGGGCGUGGCCAGUUGGUAUUGGGGAGUACCUCUGGAGUCGGUAUGGAAGCUUUGA